AUGUUCCGUUUCCGCAUAAGCAACACCGUUGUAGGUGCACUCAACAUACUCUCCUUACUCCUUGGUCUCGCCGCAAUCGGUUCCUCUGUCUACAUCCACAUCCGCGGUGGUUCCGAUUGCCAAAAGGUGCUUCAAUAUCCCCUCUUAAUCGGCGGUAUAUUUGUCGUGAUUGUGUCGGGACUAGGAAUCGCUGGAUCGCUGUAUGCUGUUAACACGGCGCUCUACACUUACCUUUUGGUGACAUUCUUGGUUGUGAUUGGACUCGCUUUCUUCACCGUGUUCGCGGUGUUUGUGACGAAUAGAGGAGUGGGGAAACAAAUUUCUGGUAAAGGUUAUGGUGAGUAUAGAGUUGCUGAUUUCUCUCAUUGGUUGCAACGAUAUGUUGUGAAUGAACAAAAUUGGGACGAGUUCAAGAGUUGUUUGAUGGAUGCUCAUGUUUGUCAGAAUCUCGCCAUCAAUGGUGGUCGGAAUAACGACUCCCUCAUUUUCAAACACUUGUCUACCACUCAGGCCGGGUGUUGUAAGCCACCGGUGUACUGUGGAUUUACAAUGAAGAAUGCUACGUUCUGGGAAGUACCGAAAUCCGGUUUGGCAGCGAAUAAUUCAGAUUGUGCGACAUGGAAUAAUCGGCAGGACAAAUUGUGCUAUGAUUGCAAUUCAUGCAAAGGAGGAGUAUUGGCUAACAUAAGGAACCAAUGGAGACAUUUAACUGUGUUCAAUGGUUUUAUGCUAGUUCUUGUCACUGCCAUUUACGCCAUGGGAUGCUAUGCUAUUAGGAACAACCGAUUGGACUCGCGCAUCGUUAACCCUUAA